AUGCUGUCUACGCUACUAUGGCUUGCGCUGGCCGUCGUGGUCCUUGCUACACAGGGCUACAAGAUGGUGGCGCGCUUCCUGCGACUAUUGCUACACACUUACUUCCGCAAAAUCGUGGUUUACGGACUCAACAACUUCCCGCGUGAGGGGCCUGUGAUCCUGUGCCCGAACCACCCCAACAUGCUUGUGGACGCCAUUCUCGUCAUGACCGAGGCCGUAAGUCACGGUCGCAAUCCGUACGUAUGGGCCAAGGGUUCGCUGUUCAGCAACCCUGUCGCCGCCUUCUUCCUCAAGAAAUUCGGCGCCGUGCCGGUCUAUCGUCCGCGGCGCAAAGAGGACAGUCUCGCCGACGUGGACUCAGAUAAGACUCCCGAGCAACUGGAGGCGGCCAACCGCAAAAUGUUCGAGCAUACGUGGCAUGUACUUGCUGGGGGCAACGUCAUGGUGCUUUUCCCUGAAGGAACAUCGUACACGGCUCCAAAGAUGCUGUCACUGCGUACGGGUGUUGUGCGUGUCGCGACGGGUUUCGCUAAGCAUUAUGACCAACCUAUCCCGAUCAUCCCGCUAGGUCUCAACUACUUCAACAAAGACCACUUCAGGAGCCAGAUGACGCUGGAAUUCGGUCCACCGAUGGUGAUCACGCCCGACAUGGUGCAAACUGAAGCUUUCCAACAGGACGAACAUGGCGAGGUGAAGCGUCUGACCCUGGAGCUAGAGGAGCGCAUGCACGAUGUGACUUUGAAUGCAUCUGACUUCAGCACUAUCCACGCUGCGCGAAUGAUGCGACGCCUCUAUCUAAACACUCCUGGCCCCAUUGACACCAACAAAGAAGUCCGUUUGACACAGUACAUUAUCAAUAUGCUGGAGAAGGAGCCCCAAGACGACGAGCAAAAGGAGCGAAUCGCUACGAUCCGUGAAAAAGUUCUUCGAUACAAAGAGCAAUUGGAAAAGCUGCGGUUGAAAGACCAAGAGGUGAAUUUGCCGAUGCCCAAAGAGAAAUCGCUUUUGCAACUGUUUUUGGAGCGGAUUCUGUACCUGCUUGUGCUGCUGCCACUGGCCACGCCCGGGCUUUUGUUGAAUUUACCCUACUAUUUUAUUGGAACGAAGAUGAACAGCCUCGCAGGAUUCGUGGAAUCCAAGUCGAUGUUCAAGAUCUUCGCUGCUGCUGUGUUGGUGCCUGUACAUUGGCUCGUACUGAUCCUUGCAACUUGGUAUUUCCUCGGAUCAUCGUAUGCGUAUGUGCUGGCUGUUGGUUUGCCGCUGCUGCUGUACUCGCACAUCCGCGUACUGGAAGAGAGCCGCUCCAUCGCCGAGAACGUGUAUUUCCUCUUCAACAUCACAGCUCACGCCGAUAAGGUGGCGGUGCUUCGAACGGAACGGGAGCUGCUAGCGCAAGAAGUCCACGAGCUUGUGACUAAGUACGUCGAUGCCAAGUUUCUCUCAGCCAUACACAAGUCUCUAGCGAGCUCGCCCGUGAACAGACGAUUGCGCCACCGUGCCUCCUCCACCAGCGACACACUGCUUACUACAUAGAUGACGACACUCGAGUAGUGCUGCAUAAUUUGCGUAGACCUAGACCAGACACGUUUUACUAAUGCACGGGCUCCCUGCAGGAUCCAUAAAA